AUGACAGCACCUGUGCGGGACGUGAAAUCCAAGCGGUAUCAUUUGCUCCAGACACAUGGGGAUUCUUGGGUGGGCAGCUUCGAGGCCUCUGCAUCCUCAAUCUUAUGGGGCGAGCUCUUUCCAGAGAAGGAGAGGAACUUCUUGCGCCAAGUCUUGCAAGAAGGCAGCCAGAACUUUGGGAUUAAGGAUACAUUCCAGCUGGAGUACCGGAUCGCCUGGAACCCCAUUGCCAAGCAGCAAAUGGAAGCCAGGGGCGAGACCCUGGAUGGCAAGUUGGUAAUUCUCAUUCAUGGAUAUACUGGCCGUAUUACUGAUUCCUGGGGCUGGGCCAAGAUGGUCAAACCUUUGUGGAAGCAGGGCUUUACAGUUUGCCUCUUGGACAUGCCUGGCUUCGGAAGGAGCAGCAUAAAUUUGCGAUGGAAUGCACCUUUGGCCAGCUGGCAGCAUCUGGACGCCAUUGUCCUCUCGAAAUUCAUCGAGGGCAUGCGAUUCCGCAAGCCUGCAAGCUUGGUGACCUACCGCGAGUCCUGCCAGUCGGUGCUGCGACUUUUCCGGGAGUCGCCUCACCUGGUGUCUAGUCAGCAUGCUCUAAUUGAUCCGAUCUUCACUUUGGACGACGUUUACCCUCUAGAGGCACCUUACGGAGCCCACAGUAAAGAAUGGAUCGCUGAAAAGCCAGGCAAGCAGGCUAUUGAGUUUGACAAAUUCCUCGGGAGAAGCAAGACGUUUCUUUGGACCAUUUUCACAGGCACUUCAGAUGCAACGUGUGGUCGAGAGGCGCUUCAGGUUGUGAUGCGCUGCAGACAGCAUCUUACAAUGCGAAUCUGCCUUUCCCACGUGACAAAGGAAUUUAUCUGCGAAUCUCGAGCGGGAGCAAACGGAGCAAGCUUGAACGCGCACGUGCUAUUCUUCUGCAAGUACAUGAGGGACCGCCUUGCUGCCUUCAUUGCGGGUGUGGAGAAGGCGCCCAAGGAGAUUCCGCCCUGGGCACUGGAGGUAAGUUCGACCACAACAUCCAGCUCUUUAGGCUCAAAGUCUCUUCCAAGUGUAGACUCUCCAGCUGGAAAGGCUAGAGAGUUCAAUGCCUUGGAGACCGUUCAAGAGGUGGCAGAGGUGCUGUCAAGAUGCACCACAGCCAGACAAGAAUCGCGACCCGGGUCACACGCCUCUGCUAGGGAGGCCGCUUUGUUUUGCAUCACCCUGCGUGAGGUUGCCAGCUUUGCAGGGUGGGCUGUCCAGGCAGAAGACUUCGUUGGGCAACUACCACAGGGGAAGCUGAAGAAGCAUAGCGGACAGCCAUCGCUACUACCAUCCCUGUGCCUCGCAGUUCAUCUACAUGCCAACAUGGCAAGACUCUGGAAUUAG